CCGAUACAAAUGGUCGCAAAACCAUCGAUGCCUUCAGAGAGUCGUGGUCGCGUGCAAUAUGAUAAAUAGGAAAUUCUUCUACAACAACUAUUUAAUCUUCAUGCAACUGUCGAAUUUCUACGCGAUUUUUUAGCAGAGCACCAGUGUCGAUUCUUGAAUCGGAUAAGUAAAAAGUGCUUAUAAAAAGACUGCAUCGAUUUUUGUACGUACUGUGCAGUGAGGCAAUUUGUCUAGUCAGUUAACAUGGUCCAGUUUACCAAAAGACAGUGGUCGACUCUAAUUGUAAUUAGUAUUGCGGACUUUUGCAAUGCUAUUUGUGUGUCACUGCAGGCGCCUUUUUAUCCACAAGAGGCGGAAAGGAAGCAUUGUACGGCCACCGAGUAUGGUUUGGUGUUCGGCAUUUUCGAAUUCAUAGUAUUCCUUAUAAGCCCAAUAUAUGGGCAGCACUUAAAUAAGAUAGGCCUCAAGCUUACAUUUAAUGCAGGUAUUUACACAACAGGGAUAUGUGCCGUCUUAUUCGGGCUUCUAGACAAAGUGGAAGGUCAUUAUCCGUUUAUUAUCUUAAGCUUUAUUAUAAGGAUAGUUGAAGCAAUGGGAAACGCCGCCUUUCUCACUGCCAGCUUUGCUAUCAUAGCCAAAGAGUUUCCAAACAAUGUAGCCACCAUGUUUGCAUCUCUGGAAACGUUCUUCGGACUUGGUUUAAUUGUUGGUCCAACAGUAGGUGGUGCUUUGUUCCAGUUAGGAGGGUACACUUUGCCUUUUGCUGUCAUGGGUUCAGCUUUGUUCAUGUCAGCAAUUUUAACUGCUCUAGUUUUACCAAAACAUGAAGAUGGAACAGACAAAGAAAAAGGACCUUCAAUGUUGAAGGUCCUCAAAAUCCCAGGGGUGCUGUUGGCGUCGAGCAGCAUAAUAGUAACGAGUAUGUCGAUAGGUUUCCUCCAGGCCACCCUCGAACCCCAUCUGAGACAGUUCAGCCUUCCCCCCAUUGUGCUUGGUCUGAUGUUCGUCAUAAACGGCGGCACUUACGCACUUACAGCCCCCGCUUUCGGUUGGCUGUGCGACACCUGUUGCUCCCCGAAAGCCGUCACCAUUUUUGGAACGAUCCUCACCGCUUUCGGCUUCGGAUUGGUCGGACCGGCGCCCUUCUUGCCAAUACCGACAAUUUUAUGGGUCUCCAUACUUGGAUUGGUAUUUCACGGAUUAGGCAUGGCUGCACAGUUGGUGUCUUCAUUCAGCGAUGCUCUCAAAACCAGUGUGGCCCACGGUUUUCCUAACAAUCUGGAAACUUACGGCUUGAUAUCGGGACUGUGGACCAGCACUUUUGCCCUGGGAGCCUUCAUAGGGCCGUCAAUCAGUGGGAUACUGUACGAUAACAUAGGCUUCAGGAAUGCCUCGAUGUUCAUAGUCGUCACACAUUUAUUAGUCGGUUUUAUCAUAUCGCUGUUCGUGAUUUGCAACAAGCGACCACCAACUUAUGUGGAACUCAAGGACGAGAAGACAGCUAACGGAGAUGUUGAUACCGGUGUCAGGACGGCACAAAAUAGUGUCACUGAAAGCAUGAAAAGCAUCCGUUCUGUUGGCAAUGGCAUCUCGAUAGAAAAGAGUCGACCACCUGGUAUGAACAGCCUGAUCGCUUGCAACAGCUACAAAAGCCAGGCCUGGCCAACAAGGGAUGCCAGCAGUUUAACUUUGGGACCAUACAGUUACAGUUAUGGAACUGUAGAUAGAAGGCCCACUACUUCGUACCUCCAAGGAGUUGCAUAACAUUUAUAGACUUGUUUUAAGUAUCAUUUUUACGAUAGAUCAUAAUAACUAAGUUCAGGAUUGUUCGUUCAUCUGUCAGCUGUUUUUACUUGUGAUAUUAAUGAAUUUUUUAUAGAGAAACUUUGAAUCUGUUUUUUGUCGCCAAUCAAAAGUUACUACACAUUUUAAGCGCACAACUAUUUUAUAUUUAUGUAAAUUUUAUUUAUAGUUUUAUUGUAAUGUUAAGUUUUAAAUAAAAUUACAACGAAA